AUGGCAACAACCUGGACCGCCUGUGUUACCCAGCACCAGCUCAACAGUCCUCCGCAGCGGUCUGCCAAUACCUCCGUGUAUGCAGGGCUGUCCCGAGCUGCAGCUGCGAUUCGCUGCGGAAGAGACAUUGAUGCUCCCCUAGAGCAACUCGCAGAGCAGCUGACCGAGGCGGUGUUGAUAUCCCUUGAUCGACUCGAUCCUGAAAGCCAUGAACCCUUGCCUAGCGGGGGUACUCUCACUGGUGGUCGAACCGUUCGAGAGCUGCAUUUUAGGGGCAGGUCGCUAUGCUUUCGGUCGUCCCAACCGGGCCUUGGCCAGCGCAUUAGUGCUGGAAUUAGUCACAGCAUUUCUGGCGCUUCAUUGGGAUCUCGUAUUGUGCGACCACAUCCCAUUUCGACGCCAACUGGAUUCUUCUCGGGCUUCUCAGGCUGGCCAGAUUCUGCUCUGGCUUUCAUCUCUUCCCCAGCCUGUGAUUCCAGGCCACAACAGCAGAACAAUCUAGUAUGGCUCCCGGAACAGACAAAGGCAAAGGCGGCGGCCGCUCCUUCACGGCCUGUCUUGAAUGCCAGCGGCGAAAGCAAAAGGGAGUCUAGGAAGCGUCGAGGUGAUGAUAGUGAGGAGAACCUAGGGCCGAUGCCUGAAGCCCGGGACAUCGAUGCCAGCGAUGUAUUGGGCCCAGUCACUCGCGUCACACGAGCCAGUUCGGAUGAUUCCCAGGGACAAUCGGAAGAGAUUGAUGAAGCCCUCAAGGUCAUGCCCAACAGGUACUAUACCGAUCUUCUUGUGCAGAACUUCCUCAGCAGAGCGAACUACUACUACUAUAUCCUGUACCCUCCUCAGUUCUCAAAACAGUAUAGCGACUGGUGGAGUGACCGUGCGGCCAACAAGCCCCUGACACCCGAGCUCACUUCUUUGAUCUUGCUCACUUGCGCUUGUUCCUGCCAGUUUCUCAAAUCCGACCUGCGGGAUAGGGUCGAGCCCGAGCUUGGGGUCAAUGCCUCGGUCCUCAACCAGAGAUUCGCAAAAGCUGCGAAAAGACUGAGUGCUACAAUCUCACCGGGUCGGGGAGGCAUGACUCUUGUUGUGCAGAAACUUCUGACAGCAUUCUGGUGCAAGUCAGAAGCCCUCUUCAUCGAGGCGUGGCAUGUCCUGAGUGCUGCCAUUCGUGAAGCACAGGAACUUGGUAUUCACAAGAACUCGCACCCUCGCGGCUUGAGCGAAUUUGAUAUCGACAUGCGGAAGCGCCUCUGGAGCCUUUUGUACAUGUGGGACUGGGAGAUGUCGCUAGUUCUUUGCCGUCCAUUGAUUAUCAAUUUUGCCAACUGCACAUUCGAGCUCCCCCGCCUGGACGCAGACGAACUAGAACCGCCUGCAGAUGGCUCUCUCGCUGUAGCUAGGCCUUCGACUCCUUUCACUCAUAUCCUUCUCCAGUGUCAGUUAAUCAAGCUGAUCGACAAGAACUUUGGAGUUCUGAACUUGCCGCUCCCUGCAGAUCUUGCUGCAACGUUGUCGAACACAAUUCAGGAGUGGAUAACCACAUUCCCUCCAUCCCUUCGCACCGAGAACCCCGACACGAGAUGGGAUGCAUCUCACCCGUGGCUGCCCGUGGCACGACCGUAUUUCCACGCCAUCACCUUCACCAUGAUCGUUGUGCCACUCAAACCACAUAUCAUCAAGUCUGUUCCCCGCAAUGGCUCGAGCCUCGAGCGCAACAUCCGGGCCAAGGGGGUCGAUGCCGCCCUGAAGCUUGUUGCCGCUGCGCAGCAGCUCUUCACGGAUAUUUACCCCAAUGAUGCGAAGUUUCACUUCUCUUUCUUCUCUUUAUUUGACACCGCAGCCUUGUUGUGCUCUGCCAUCAAGCACGAUCAUAAUGGGACGCUUCCUCGACGCGACGAGCUUGUGGAGCCGAUUAAAAUGGCACUGGAUGCGCUCAAUAAACUCAGCACUGUCACCGAGACUGCCGACACUGCCUAUAAAGUGCUCAGAACUCUGGCAAACGACUUGCCGCUUAGCCAGAAGGAACGCGCGAUCUUUGGUCGCCACCUGCCUGCGAAGCGGCUUCGGGCAACUGCCGGUCCUCAAGAUGAGGGUGACCCGGUUCACCAACAGCCAGAGGUUCUCCGAGAUCUGGCCACUACUGUUGAUGCUGUGGAAACGAGUAUUUUCCCACCGAUGGUCCUGCCUGAGGUCGAACACGUUCCCAUGCACCCUGGUACAGCCAUGUUCGCGCCUGGUGUUCCAGAUCUUCCGACAACACAAGACUUUUCGGCAAACCAAAUGUUUGGUCUCAAUGUGGUACCAGAAGUCACCGACUUGUCCAGCUUUGAGCUUGGAAAUCUCGGCUAUGUCUGGGAUUGGCACAGUCUUGACCUCGGUCAGGAGUUUCCUCCGCCGCCUCAGUAG